GUGUUUGCUGGGAUCAUUGUACUGCAACACUUUUUUCCGUUUUAUUUGUGCAAUUAUAAUUGAAUAAAAAUUAUAACUGAAUAAAAAACGUUGCAUAUGGACCUGCCUUUAUAUAAUACAAUAACCGGUUUUAUGCACGAGAGUUAUACAAAUCAUCUUCGGUUAUCACUGCAUACUGUGCAAUGUGAUAAAACAUUGAAUGAUAACAUUGCGUCACUACAUACUGUGUUUUUUUAAUCAUAUAUAUGUAUGUAAAUGCUCUAGUGAUAUUAUAUUUUUUUCGUCUCAACUAAUAAAAAUCAGUUCGGAAUAAACAUCUGUAAUGUAUCGGAACACUCUAUAAAUACCUAUCAUUGGAAUGUUUCAAAGCAUUAGAUAACCGUCGUCAGAAGUGAGUACUGCUGAGAGCUAACGAGUUAGUGUGGAUUGAAGCGUACGUGUAAUAAUACAAUUAUAUAAUACAGACUACGAAAAUGGAUAUUAUCUUUCUUAUAUUAUGCACUUUAUGCAUUGUUGUAAUAAUGAAAAUUAUGCGGAUAAUGCAUAGACAAUAUAUUAUUUGGAGUAAAGUCAGACAUCUUCCUCAGGACGUGUAUCCUUUUAUUGGCAGUUCGCUUGCGCUUAUAAGAAUGUUAGAUAAAGAACGAAUAGAAUGGGGUCUGUCACUCAUCGACAGAUUUAAAGAAGGUAUAUGCUUAGAAUGGAUUGGAGGCAUGCCGAUGAUAUUUGUAUUUAAGCCGGAAUUAGUUCAGCCUAUUUUGACUAGUACUGUGAAUCUUGACAAGGGAAUAAUUUAUAACUUGACUAAAUCUUUCAUAGGAGAAGGACUUAUCACUUCUACAGCAACACAAUGGCUUCAUGACAGGAAACUCAUUACACCAACGUUCCAUAUGAGUGUAUUAAACAAUUAUGCCACGAUUAUGUCGGAAAAAACAAAGAUUUUGAUAAAAUGUCUCGAGAGAGAAAUCGAAAGAAAUUCAGGCAAUGCUAUCGAUAUUGUUCCUUUCAUUGGAAAAGCUACUCUCGAUAUUACAUGCGAUACAGCGAUGGGGGUGGAUUUACGUAUUCAAGAAAUUGAAAGUGAAUUUACUUAUUUAAAAGAUAGAGGCUAUGCGUUAGUAUUUGAGCGGAUUCUUCAACCAUGGUUCUGGAUAGAGUGGCUCUACUAUCUAACAAGUAGUGGAAAAGAAUACAAAUCAUUAGUUAACAGACUUAACGAAUUUUCAAACGAGGUAAUACGCAAGAAAAAAGCUUUACGGCAAUCACAAAGCAAUCAUAUCAGUAUAAAUAAUGAAGACGACUUUGACAUAGCUGCACGAAAGAAGAAAGCCUUUUUAGAUUUGCUGUUAGAUGAGAACGACAAAACUGACAAGCCUUUAAGCGAUGAUCAAUUGGUGGCACAAAUUCAUACAUUUCUUCUUGCAAGCCAAGAUACAACUUCAGCUGCAAUAAUUUGGGCGCUUGUCCUCUUGGGUACUAAUCUCGAGCAUCAAGAGAAACUUCACGAAGAACUUGAGAAACAUUUUCAAAAUUCAGAAACACUGGCUAGUGAAACCGAGGUAUCACAGUUAAAAUAUCUUGGUAGAAUAGUAAAAGAGACGCUUAGAUUAUAUCCAAGCGCACCUUUCAUCAUAAGGAAUCUAAGUGAAGACAUAAAAAUAGGUGAUUACAUGCUCCCGCAAAAUGUUGAAGUUGCGUUGCCAAUUAUACUAGUUCAUCGAAAUCCGGAAUUUUGGCCAGAACCAACAAAGUUUGAUCCGGAUCGAUUCCUUCCAGAAAAUAGAAAAAUCGGGGAUCAAUAUGCCUAUAUUCCAUUCAGUGCUGGGCCAAGAAACUGCAUUGGUCAGAAAUUUGCUUUACUUGUAAUAAAAAUUGUGUUAACGGCGAUUUUCAGAAAGUGGAGGGUGAAAAGUGUAAAAACUCCUGACAUGAUUUAUCCCCACUUCUCGAUCAGUUAUCGACCAGGUGAAGAGGUUUUCAUUUAUUUCAUUCCGAAGAAAUAAUUGCUAGCGAAUAUUAUUAUAGCUUGCACAGUGUGGAUUUAUUUCUGAAGUUGAUUACAAUAUUAUUAUAUGUUAUUACACGUCAUUAUUGUAUUCAAAGUAUCAUAAGGACUGUAUGUAAAAUAUAAUUUAAUAAUAGGAAUACAGAAAUUAUUCAGAUUUCAAUAUACCUGUUAUGAUGAAAAUA